CUCUCACCACAUGUGCAACCGGAUGAAGAGACCAGCGUGGUUCGUAUACAGCUAGUCGACUCGGGCUUGUUUUCAUUUUUUAUUUUGGGACAAUUUAUGUCUCGUGUCAACAAUUAAACGAAAAUGACCGAAAGCAAAGCAGAAACGGCGGCUAAGCCUGCGAAAGAGCUGCUGGCUCUGAACCCCAAACAAGAGUCUGAGUUCAAGAAGAAGGUUCAGGAGGCGAAGAAGAACAAACCCGGCAAGGGGAUCCAUUUGACCCCCGGAGUGAUUUACGUCAGUCACCUGCCACUCGGGCUGUUUGAACCUCAGCUCAAGACUUACUUUGAGCAGUUUGGCAAAGUCCUGAGGUUGCGGCUGUCCAGGAGUAAAAAGACAGGUGGAAGCAAAGGCUACGCAUUUAUAGAGUUUGAUUGCGAUGAAGUGGCCAAAAUUGUUGCAGAGACCAUGAACAAUUACCUCAUGGGAGAGAGACUCAUCAAAUGUCACGUGAUUGAACCAGAAAAAGUGCACGAGAAGCUGUUUGUUGGCUCCCAAAGGGAAUUUAAAAAGCCCUCAUAUCCUGCUGUCGCACGCUACAACAAGAAACGCACGCCAGAGCAGGUCGCCAAGCUGAAAGACAAACUCCUGCGGAAAGAAUCAAAGCUCCGCAAGAGACUGGCAGCGCACGGCAUCGACUAUGAUUUCCCUGGAUUUGCUGCCCAGGUGCCUCCGAAGAAACAGUCGUCUGAUUCCAUGAAUGCGUCUACAUGUAGUGAUGACACAACACCAGUCUGCACCCCCUCUCUCCUGGAGAGGAGAAAGUCCAUAGUCGUUGAUGAUGAUGAUGGAGAUGAUGAAAUUGUCAUUAGGAUGCCUGCUGUAGAGAAAGAUGAAGAGUGCUCCUCAGAGGAGGAGGAGGAGGAAGAAGAGGGUGACAAUGAGGAGGACGAUGACUCAGAGAGCGAGGGACCAUCUGAAGAGGAUGCUAAGGCGGAGUGAAAGUCUUUGUUUUAUUGUGGACUUGGUACUCUGGCUGCCGGGGUACAGGCACAUAUAUCAGGAUCAUGUGGUCUGUGAUUUGUUUUGAGAGUCACAGGACAUAUGUCUGUCAGUAUGUGGAAAUAUACAUUACAUUUGAAAAAGAAGCUCUUAUGAAAAGACUGCACCAUCAUUGUGGGUAUAACAUUGGUGAGCGUCAUGGAUGGUGUUCGCAACAUCAUCAACAUGAGCCUGAUUUAUUGGCCAUGGACUUCUUUGACAUAUGACAAAUGUGCAUUUCAGUCUUGGAGUAGGCUGUUUGUUUUGCCAUAAAGGCUGUAAUGUUAAAAAUGGACAUUUUUCUUUUGCUUCAUAACCACACAAAAGGUGUGGUUAAAUUUGUACAAUGUAAACUAUGAUUUAUAAAAAUAAAUGAUGUGAUAAUGUA